UGAUUUCCAGUUAUUUGUUUGACAGUCGCUAUUUUGUGUGUAUUUGCAACUUCUAUGUUCAUUUAGACAAUCUUUAGCUCUUAAGCUUAAAGUCAGUUGUUGUCUAACAGUUGAGUCUUUUUUUGAAGAAAAAAAAUUGCUCUUUAAAGCAAAAAAGAUUUCGAAUCGUAUCUUUAAAUUCAAAUCAAAAUACAACAUUAAAAUUGCGAAAAUUUGCAAAAAUUUGGGCUUCUAUUUGUUUGUGUGUUUGAUCAACUAUCAAGGAUUAACAUUAUUUAUCAACAGAUUGACAAGUGAGAUAACUGUCAUUGUAAUGCAACUCAAAGGAUGACUGUAACUGUAUCAUUUUCAAAUUUGAUCAACUCGUCAAGAAAACUAACAAUGUCCUCUUCAAAUAAAAGUCCAGUUAAAAAGGAGAUUGAAUUGUCGCCUUCAACGACUCCGCCAACAGCGACAACACUAACGGCCACAUCAACAUCCUCAUCGAACACUUUAGUGUCAUCAUCAUCUUCAUCCUCGUCUUCAUCUUCAUCGCCACCAGUGACAGUAUCAGUUAUGCCUCAGUCACCAGAGAUACCAACUUCAUCUUCAUCAACCUCACCGCCAUCCAAUGGCGCAGCAACAGUGCAACCACAGCCACCAGCAAUACCCAAUUUAUCUUCUUCAAACGUUUCUUCGUUUUUUAUUAAAGACAUUCUCAGUGGCUUUCCUCAUCCGCCUCAUCCUCUUCUCCAUCCACACCCUCAUCAUCCACUUCACCAUCACCAUCAACUACACCAACAUCACUAUCAACUUCAUCAAAACCAAUCAACUCUAGAAUCUGAUGAGGAAAAUGAAUUUUCGGAUUACGAUGAAAAUGAGCAGAAAGUAGAGAUAAAAGUUCAAAAAAAGCAGAGGAAGGCAAGAACAGCCUUUACAGAUCACCAGCUUCAGACUUUGGAGAAAAGUUUCGAGCGCUCAAAAUAUUUAAGUGUCCAGGAUCGUAUGGAGUUAGCAGCAAAAUUAAAUUUGAGUGACACUCAAGUGAAAACUUGGUAUCAAAAUCGACGGACCAAAUGGAAGAGACAAACGGCCGUUGGCCUAGAGCUCCUAGCUGAGGCUGGAAAUUAUGCGGCCGUUAAGCGAAUGUUUGAGACCAAUCCGAAUUGGAUGAACCGAAUAACAAGCAUUUUACCACAACAAACGAUUCCUUUCGACAUUUACUAUCGUCAGGCAGCUUUCAUUCCCCCGACCAUCUAUCCCAACCUGUUCACAUCUCCCCAUCAAGCCCAAUCAUUUUCACCCUCAUCCUCAUCAGGUGAUCCACCAAAAGGCAACUGAAACCUAACCAAUUUGUGAUCAUAAUCCACUCUCCAAUGUUAUAUUGACAAAAAAAACAAAAUAUUGAUAUACAUAUAAAAGAGAGUGUUAGUUAUCAAAA